AUGUUGUCUAUGUGGAAGCAAACUUACAAACAUGCUGGCAGAUUGGCUCAGUUUUUUUUUGGGGGGCGCUCUCUGUGGCUAGCUAUGCGGAACCUUCGCUCGUUGUCGAUGAGCAAGCUGCAAGUGGCGGCACUGCUGGGUAUGGGAGCACCACCGAUAUUGAUUCACCUUCUAGACUUUGUGGAUCAAAACCUGGACAAGGAAUGCGGUCUCCAUUUCAGGGAUCUCCAGUGUGCAGAGUUCUUUGGUGGCUGUGAAUCUAUUGUUCGAGGUUUUAGAGAGUUGGGCUCCUCCGCGCCGUGGAUGCCAUAUCUCAACCAGAAGAUCACCAAAGCAAUGAGGCUUCAAAUCCGUCAGCGGGCGGAGGUGCAAAGGAAACAGAUGGUCAAGACCACAGUUUCCAAAUCUUCCAACAAGAAGUCUGUGUCUGGUGGAGCUGAUAUGGGUGCAUCAGCUGCUUAUCCCCGGGACUUUGGCCGGCAUGUGGCAUCCAGCCAUGUAUCUAUCAUAAAUGAUCCGAGCACCACUCUUCCAGACCUUCAGGCAUUGGUCAAUGGAGGAUUUAGAGAGCCGCCUCUGGGCCUGUGGGACCGUGCUGACCUUCGACCUGUAGUUGCUUUCCUAGAGCAUGUGAUCAGUCAGGGCAAGCUCCGGCGUGAUCCUUUGGUGCCGGUGCAAAUUGCACCAAGCAGGGAAGUUUUUGAAAGGGUCCGGGCAAGAUGGAGGGGUGAGUGGCAUAAACACUAG